AACGCCGUAUCCUUGCCUCUACUCUCUGGUCUCCUUCAUCUUCUGCAACAUCUUGUGCUUGUCCUAGACUUUCCAAAUUUUUGAGCUUUGAUGUGUUUUUUUUUAAGCUUCAAUGGUUUUAAAAGACUUAUUUUCAGUUCUGCAAAUCUGCGCUAAGCAUCAAAGUCCAUGAAUCCAGUAAGUACAAUUUGAAUUUUUUUCUUGUACUUGAUUCAAUCAUUUUCAACACUAUUAAUUAUAUGCAAAUACUUCAAUUUUAGUGAAAACCCAUUAAUGAGAAUCACAAAGAUUGAUACCUGAUGAUGGCUAGAGCUUCAUCAUCUAUCUUAAUUUUCAUUCGCCAAAACCCUCGUACCUGCCAAAACCCUAACACCCAGAUCCGAAAUCUCACUUUUGAAACCAAAGAUGGUGACUUUAAGCCGAACCCAAUUCAGGAACCAUCACAAAAAGCACAAAAUGACUUCAUAGAGAUUGCCAAAGAGGUUUCUAGGAUUACUCGAACAAAACCCAGAUGGGAGCAGACCUUGCUCUCUGAUUUUCCUUCAUUCAACUUCACUGAUCCACAGUUUUUCAAUGAGUUGAUAAGGAACCAAAACAAUGUGCUUCUGUCACUCCGUUUCUUUCACUGGCUAUGCUCUUGGAAUGGUUUUUCGCCUGACCCGUUGUCGUUGAAUGCGCUUUUUGAUGCGCUUGUGGAGGCUAAGGCCUGCAAUGCUGCCAAAAGUUUUAUUGAUUAUACAGGGUUUAAGCCCGAGCCGGCUUCUUUGGAGCUGUACAUUCAGUGUCUUUUUGAGGGUGGAUUGGUUGAGGAAGCAUUUGAUGUGUUUGAUAGAUUGAGAGGGGUUGGAGUUUGCCCAUCAAUUGCAACUUGGAAUUCGGCUUUGUUGGGUUGUCUUAAGGUUGGGAGGACUGAUCUUGUUUGGAAAUUGUAUAAAGAGAUGGUGGAAUCCAGUGUUGUGGCAAAAGUUGAUGUCGAGACUGUUGGGUAUCUUAUUCAAGCUUUUUGUGAAGAUAACAAAGUUUCAAAAGGUUAUGAACUUCUUCGGCAGGUUUUGGAAGACGGGUUAGACCCUGGGAAUGCUGCUUUUAAUGAUUUGAUAUCUGGGUUUUGUAAGGAGAGGCAAUAUAGUAAGGUAUCUGAGCUACUUCACACAAUGAUUGCAAAGAACAGAGAUCUGGAUAUUUUUACAUAUCAGGAAGUUAUCAAUGGGCUUUGCAAGCAACGGAAGCAGCUUGAGGCAUUUCGGGUUUUCAAUGAUCUUAAGGACAGAGGAUAUGCCCCAGAUAGGGUCAUGUAUACGACAAUGAUUCAUGGUCUUUGCAAGAUGGGAUGGCUUGGGGACGCUAGGAAGCUGUGGUUUGAGAUGAUUCAGAAGGGGUUUAUUCCAAAUGAAUACACAUACAGUGCACUGAUUCAUGGGUAUUUUAAGGUUGGUAAUCUUGAAGAGGCAAGGAAUCUGCACAAGGAGAUGUUUAAUAGAGGUUAUAGAGAAACGACGGUGAGUUACAACACAAUGAUUGCAGGGUUGUGUUUGAAUGGAAGGAUAAAUGAAGCUCAUGAGUUGUUUGAAGAAAUGCCUCGAAAGGGUGUUUUUUGUGAUGUGAUCACAUACAACACUCUGAUUCAAGGCUUUUGUAAGGAAGGGAAGAUUGUUGAGAGUACAAACCUAUUGAAAGAACUCCUUAUGCAGGGUUUGCAGCCAUCAACUUCCUCAUUUUCCCCCCUUAUUGAAAAGCUUUGUGAGGUGGGAGACAUUCAAGAAGCAAAAAAGUUGUGGGAUGAUAUGCAAAGUAGGGGUCUGCAACCAAUCGUCUGUACUCAUGAGCAUAUCAUCACUGGCUUAUGCAACCAAGGUUAUGCUGCAGAGGGAAUGGAUUGGUUAUUAGCAAUGCUGAAGUGUAAGCUUAAACCAAAGAAAGAAACUUUUGAGAGAUUGAUCCAAUGUCUCUCACAAAGUGAUAAGUGGGACGACAUUUUACUUGUAUUAGAUGUUAUGUUUAGGACAGGUUAUACACUUAGAGAAGGCAUAUGCCAUUCUUUGGUUAAUAAACUUUGCAAAGAGAAUUCCCAUUUUGUUAAAACACAUCUAGGGGAGAUUGUAGAAUAAAACUAAUGCAUCAGAGCUCCUUUGGAUACAUUGUUUGUAAUGUACUACCUCAUUCAUGAUUGAAUAUAUGGAGAGGAUCAGCUGGAGCUUUAGUAAUGUUGGUAAACAUCAACUUGAAGCAUUGUAUUUCAUGGUAAUUUGGUAUAUCAUAAAGAAUUGAUGACUAUGAUGAAGUUUAAGACUGAA